GAUUGAUUCUUGUCUUCCUCGCCACUGUUCUUCCCUCCCUCUUUCCAUCUACAAGGAAAGCUUAACCAACGAACUGUAAACAGAAACCAAGAGAUCUGCAGAGAGAAAGCAAAAGCAAAAGCAAAAGCAAACUUUUCUAAUCAAAAUGAGAGAACCGAUUGAGACUAACGCUUCAUUGCCAUUAACCCCUUCGCCACCUCCUCCUCCUCCGCAGGCUUUGCUGGAGAGGCUCAAGGAUUAUGGCCAGGAAGAUGCUUUUGUCCUCUGGGAUGAGCUCUCUCCUGACGAGCGAGACCUUCUUGUUAAAGACAUCGAGAACUUAGAUCUUCCAAGGCUGGAUCGGAUAAUUCGAUGUUCACUUCGUUCUCAAGGGCUACCUUUAGCCGCCAUAGAGCCAGUUCCGGAGAGUAGUGUGUCCACGGUGGAGGAUAGAACGUUGGAAGAAAGAGAGAGGUGGUGGAAGAUGGGAUUGAAGGCGAUCUCUGAUGGGAAGUUAGCUGUUUUGCUUUUAUCCGGCGGCCAGGGGACAAGGCUGGGAAGUUCGGAUCCGAAAGGCUGUUUCAAUAUUGGACUUCCAUCUGGCAAGUCCCUUUUUCAACUUCAGGCUGAGCGAAUUCUGUGUGUCCAGAGGCUAGCUGCUCAAGCUGCAAGUGAGGGUUCUGGUGGUUCAGUGACCAUACAUUGGUACAUAAUGACCAGUCCAUUCACUGAUGAAGCCACUCAUAAAUUUUUUGAAAGUCAUAAGUUCUUUGGUCUUGAAUCUGAUCAAGUCACCUUCUUCCAGCAGGGCACCAUACCUAGUGUUUCAAAGGAUGGCAGAUUUAUCAUGGAGACUCCAUUCAAAGUAGCCAAGUCUCCAGAUGGAAAUGGAGGAGUAUACUCAGCUCUGAAAUAUUCAAAAUUGUUAGAAGAUAUGGCCACAAGGGGGAUUAAAUAUGUCGAUUGCUAUGGAGUAGACAACGCAUUGGUUCGUGUAGCUGAUCCAACUUUUUUGGGAUAUUUCAUUGAUAAAUCUGUAGCUGCUGCUGCAAAAGUAGUCCGUAAGGCCUAUCCCCAAGAAAAGGUUGGUGUAUUUGUGAGGCGAGGUAAAGGAGGACCUCUCAAUGUCGUUGAAUACAGUGAGUUGGAUCAAUCACUGGCUUCUGCUGUCAAUCAAGCUACUGGACGCCUUCGUUUUUGUUGGAGUAAUGUGUGUUUACACAUGUUUACUUUGGAUUUUCUAAAUCAAGUGGCAAAUGCUCUCGAGAAAGACAGCAUUUACCAUCUCGCUGAGAAAAAAAUUCCUUCAAUUCAUGGAUUUACAAUGGGAUAUAAACUAGAGCAAUUCAUAUUUGAUGCAUUUCCAUAUGCUCCUUCAACAGCUCUCUUUGAGGUAUUGCGUGAAGAAGAGUUUGCACCAGUUAAAAAUGCCAAUGGAUCAAAUUUCGACACUCCAGACAGUGCUCGCCUGCUUGUGCUUAGACUCCACACUCGCUGGGUAGUUGCGGCAGGCGGCUUCUUAACGCAUUCAGUGCCCUUAUAUGCUACUGGUGUAGAGGUAUCCCCACUUUGUUCUUAUGCUGGAGAAAACCUAGAAGCUAUAUGCCGUGGAAGAACAUUUCAUGCUCCCUGUGAGAUUUCAUUCUAGUUUGAUUUAUCCAUUGAUCCCCAUAGAUUGAUUUUUGCGGCUCCCCAUUCGGUUAAAAAUUGGGAUGAUCUCUCUCUUAUCUCUCUAUCUCUCCUAUGUGUUUGAGAUGGAUUAGCAAAUGAGAAGUUAAUGUGCGAGUUUAUGGCUUUUGGUGUGUCAUGGGCAUUAGGUCAAGAAGGUUGCAUAUUUUUUCCCCUUAUAGAACCAAGAAAUAUGUCGUUUUAUUUGAUGUAUAUUGUACAAAUUGUGAUAAAUUGUUUGCUGUACUUAUUUUUUUGACAGCCUAAAUGGAUAUAGAACUUUGAGGUUUGAUGCCUGUAACAUGUUAUUUCUCUAUUAUUGGAUUUGGUAGUUUGAAUUGUCAGGGAACAUGUAUAUGCUGAACAAAAGAACAAAAUUAUUAUUAUUAUU